AUGGCCGGUAAGUCCAAGAGUGGCCAGAGCUGUGCCUUCGUCGAGUAUUCCAAUACCACGGAGGCUGAAACUGCUGUUCUGACACUGCACGAGAAGUAUGAGAUUCGCCCAGGAGAUGGGCAUAUCCUCGUUAAGUUUGCGCAGUCUGGCAGCUCUCGCCCGGGGCCGCUGGAAGCUGAGUCGUUUGAUCUUUUUGCCCAGCUGUGGUUUCCAUUCGCGGAGCAAGCUUGCGUGACGGAGGUUGAACAUUUCCGGGACGUUGCAGCGCGUGUGCCCAGAGGUUCGGCACUUGGUUUCGUUCCGAAUGUGAGAAUGGAUAUGUCACCUGCACAGCGCGAGACCUUGACUGGAAACAUGGGCGCUGGCAGGACUGAAGGGGAGGAUGGAUACGACGAGAAGGAUAAAGGGCCUCUGGUCUACCAAGAAAGCAAGCUCUUCAAUUCGGAGACUUUCCUCAUCAACGUCUACGACCACACCAAGCGGCGCGCCGUCACCUUCGAAACUUAUGGCCUGGAGACGCAAGAUCAGUUUCACAUCCAGUACAGCUACCAAGACUUCGACGGGCUUUUUCGCUUCAAUGCCGAGCUCAUGAACCCCAAUCGGAAAGAAGGCCGGUUCCAUUGGAUUGCGGAGCGGCUGGCCAUUCUCACAGUUGGGAAGGACCGGCAGCUCAAGCUGCAGCCGGAGCCGACGCCAGAGGUGCCCGAGCUUCCCAUCUACGAGACCGUGCGGAAGAUUCCCACGGGUCGCAUGGACUUGAAAGAGCGGCAGAGAUUGCGUGAACAGAUGGACAUGCUGGACAUUAAGCGCAAUGAGAACAUUGCCAAGCGAAAGCAAGAAUCCAGACAAAAGUUUCUGCAGCAUGUCUUCUGGUUGAAAGAAGAAGACAAAAGGCUCAAGCGAGAGCACCAUGAGAAACUCGAAGCCGAGCGCACCCGUCGAGUCCAGAUGAAGGAGGAGCUGGAAAGACGGCAAAAGGAGGCAAGCCGCCUCGAGAAGGAGCGACAGCGACAGCGCCGGAUUGCUGUCGAGGCGAAGGAAGAACGCAUCGAAGAGCGCGAUGCAGAAGACUAUAGGCAGCUCCGGGCAAGAUGGAAGAUGCGAGAUGCCGAGCGAGCCAAGGCAAUCGCAGAAGCCAUCGGACGCAAGGAGCUCGACUUGGCAGAGCUGCGCAAGAAGCAGGCGGAGGAGAAGAAGCAUGAGGAAGAGAUCAUGCACAAGCGCCAGGUUGCUUGGGAUGCCCGAGAGGAGCGCAUCCGCCGAAAGAGCCAAGCAUGGCUGAAAGCAGUGCUCGAAGUCAAGGCCGAGCGAAUGCGCAUGGCCAAGAUGAUGCAGGAGCGGAACCAGGAGUACCUGAACUUGCUCCACAGCCUCCGGCAGCCGAUUUUUGAGGCGCAGCUGAAGAGGAUGGAGGAGCGAAAGAAGGCUGCGGAAGCCAUCGCCCAGUCAACGGCCGCGUGCCCCCGGAGCGGGCUCUCUCUCUCUCUCUCUCGUUUUCUUUUUUGCCCCUCUGCUUCUAAUCUUCAGCCAGAGGCUUGA